GGUUGUCAGAAUCUCCGCAGAUUGGGCGGCGGCGGUAGAGCCGGGGGCUGCUGCGUGGCCCUAGGUCGCCGUGGCCCAGGUGCUGGUGGGCCCCAGGUGGGCUCGCGUCAUCCUGUCCCGGCUGCGAUGCAUCCGCGGCGCCCGGACGGAUUUGACGGCUUGGGCUACCGGGCUGGUGCCCGGGACGAGCCGGGCUUCGGCGGCCCUUUCCCUGCAAGGUCCUUUAGCUCUGGGUCAGAUCUGGGCCACUGGGUGACGACUCCCCCCGACAUCCCCGGCAGCCGCAACCUGCACUGGGGCGAGAAGAGCCCGCCCUACGGAGCGCCCUCCGCCAGCACCCCGUACGAAGGCCCCGCGGAGGAGCCCUUUCCCGGCGGCGGCGGCGGCGGCAGCGGCAGCGUGCAAGGGCCGAGUAGUGAACAGUUGAAUAGAUUUGCUGGAUUUGGCAUUGGACUUGCAAGUCUCUUUACAGAAAAUGUACUGGCCCAUCCUUGCAUUGUUCUACGCCGCCAAUGUCAGGUUAAUUACCAUGCUCGGCAUUAUCAUCUCACUCCAUUUACAGUCAUCAAUAUCAUGUACAGCUUCAACAAAACUCAGGGACCAAGAGCCCUAUGGAAAGGAAUGGGAAGUACAUUUAUUGUCCAGGGAGUCACACUUGGAGCAGAAGGCAUAAUUAGUGAAUUCACACCUUUGCCAAGAGAGAUUUUACACAAAUGGAAUCCUAAACAAAUAGGAGAACAUCUUCUACUCAAAUCCCUAACUUACAUAGUGGCAAUGCCGUUUUAUUCAGCAAGUCUAAUUGAAACGGUACAGAGUGAGAUAAUUCGAGAUAACGCUGGCAUUUUGGAAUGUAUUAAAGAAGGAAUUGGAAGAGUGAUAGGCAUGGGAGUGCCUCAUAGCAAACGGCUUCUUCCGCUUCUUUCCUUGGUCUUCCCCACGGUGCUUCAUGGAGUUCUUCAUUACAUCAUUAGUUCAGUCAUUCAGAAGUUUGUCCUACUAAUUCUAAAGAGAAAGACUUACAAUAGCCACCUACCUGAGAGCACUAGUCCUGUGCAGAGUAUGCUGAAUGCUUAUUUUCCAGAACUUAUUGCUAACUUUGCCGCCAGUCUUUGUUCUGAUGUUAUCCUUUACCCAUUGGAAACAGUUUUGCACCGCCUUCACAUUCAAGGAACACGCACAAUAAUUGAUAAUACAGACCUUGGCUAUGAAGUACUUCCAAUUAACACCCAGUAUGAGGGAAUGAGAGACUGUAUCAACACCAUAAGGCAGGAAGAAGGAGUGCUUGGAUUUUAUAAAGGGUUUGGUGCUGUUAUCAUACAGUACACACUGCAUGCAGCUGUGUUGCAGAUUACCAAAAUUAUUUACUCUACACUUCUUCAAAAUAGCAUUUGAGAUUUAUGUUCCAUCACUGGUUAGUUCAGAAGACAUAAUCUGGAUGAUUUGCUAUGAAAUUAUGAGAGAUUAAAAGUGAAAUACUGGGGGAAAAAAUGGAUUGGAAAGUAAAGUUGGUUUCAAAACAAAUGAGGAAAAAAAAAUCCAUGCUGAUUAUCUUGACUUCCUUUUUUUUUUUUUUUUAAAGGCAUCGGUGUGUAUUUUGGGUCAAAAUACUUCCAAGUUUGAAAACGCAAUAAAAAUAACACUUAAAUAUAUUAAAUCCUAGUUAGUGUAGCACUCAUGGUGAAGUAAAAAUGAUCCUGGGCAGAAGCAAAACCUAAUUAUCAAAUAUAAAACAAAAUUUCAUCGAGCUGAAUCUAUCCCGUCUGACCUUAACAUUUGUUAUGUGUUAUUUGACCUUGUAGACUGAUGUUUGCAUGUUGGCCUUAAUACAGCAUAGUAUCCUUAAUACAAUCUGGAGGUUUUACUUUUAAAGAAAUAAAUUAUAUCAUCAUUGAAAAAGACUGAGAGGAUGAAAUUUGGAAAUCUGUAAGAGGAGGUGAAGGGUUUUAAAUUGUGUUGUCCCUAUGUAACUAUUUCAAUGGCUGUAUAUAUGUAUUUUAUAAAGCCAUUUGUGCAGGCACAUAUGACUUGUAAUUUCCUCCAUCCCUACAAGUUGUCUACAUUUAGGUCAGCUUACUGCAUAAAAUUAAGUCGUGUACUUCCUGCUUGAACAUCAAAAUACAACAUCAAAAGCCAAGUACCCAAAUGAUAUAAGUCAAAUAUAGCAUACUUGUCCAUAUCCAAACCCAGGAUUUCAGUGCCAGAAAUUUAAAAAUCUGUCAUGUUUAUGAAGUUUGGUUUGCUUAGUUAGGAGUAUGAGUUGUCAGGCUACUUUGAGAGCCAUUCUUUGAGAGAAUAUAAAACAAUCAUGAGAACUAUUACUGUUUCCACAUAUAUAAAUUGUGUACUUAAGAAACUCAUUUGCCUUUCAUUUCUGAAUGACUUGUCUUAGAGGAAACAAAAUUAAAAUUCACCUGGGAA